CAAAUAAAUAAAAAUCAGAUCUCAAUCAUGAAACGAUCCGUGUUCAAACCUACCCUCUCCCUUCUCAUCACCGCCCUCCACUUCUCCUUCUCAAUCGCUGCAAGGCCCACAACACCAAACAGCUUCAUCAUCGCCUCCUGCAAGCCCACCAGCUACCCAGCAGUCUGCAUCGAGAGCCUCUCAGGCUAUGCUCCGGCCAUCCGCCGCAGCCCUCGCUUGCUGACGCGUGCUGCCCUCCUCUUGAGCGCCACCCGCGCUCGCGAGACGUUUGCCUACAUCUCCACCCUUUCUUCCCGGCCUCCACACGGUGCCUCCGUUCACUCUGCUCCUGGAGCAUUGCAGGAUUGCAGCACGACCAUGUCCGAUAGCGCUGACAACUUGCAGCGAUCCAUGCAGCAGCUUCGUCAUUUAGGCCGACCUAACGGGCCAUCUUUCACCAUGAGACUCGAGAACGUGCAGACAUGGCUUAGCGCUGCACUUACUGACCAAAGCAUGUGCCUUAUGAGCUUGUUGCAGGAAGAAAGUUUAGCUACUGAGAAUGGAAGGAGAGGAGCCAACAACAGGCUGCAUUGGGUUACAAGGAAGAAAGUUGUGGAGGUGAGCAGAGUUACAAGUAAUGCACUUGCACUUGUUAACGAGCUUGCGUGGUGAAGAGGGAAUCCGCUUUCUAUCAAAACUAUCUGCAUGUAACGGGUGGCCAUGAGCCUUUCAAUAGACAAAAUAUAAAGGCAAAAGGGGAAACUUGCCCCUGUUGCGUGGCUCAGAAUCUCCCACAGUGUACUAGUGGUUUUUGAUAAAAUGUAUAGUGGUGAAUGUUGUGCGCGGCGGAAGCUCGAAACCACACGAACAAGAACGAGAUAAAUCACAA